UUAAUGCUCCAGUAAAUUUCUCGCCCCUCACUCAUUCCUUCUCUUUUCUCUCAAACAACCAAAGCUCAAUGCGUAUCUUCGAUAGCACUUCCAACUCUUCCAAGAAGCAGCAGAAGGAGGAAAAAGAAUGGUUAGGAGCAAGUUUCAAGCCAGAGAAUUUUAUUCCAGGAAUUGUAAUUGGUUUCAUUAUUGGGUUGUUGUUGGAUUUGUCAAAACCCUCCAAAAGUAACACUUUAAAGAAGACAAGUAAUUUGUUGAGCAGAAAUCAACAUGAAAAGAUUUUAGCCCCAGCUAAGGCUGAUGAAGAGAUCAAAAUGGUAUUAGUUGUCAGACAAGACCUGAAAAUGGCACAAGGAAAAGUUGCAUCUCAGUGUGCUCAUGCUGCUACUGGCAUGUAUGCAGACCUUAUGCAAAGUGAUCGGUAUCUUUUGAGGCAGUGGGAGCAAUGUGGACAGCCCAAAAUAGUUGUUACCUGCAAGAAUCAGCAAGAAAUGAAUAAGUUGAAGGAAGCAGCUGAGAACAUUGGUCUUCCAACUUUUGUGGUUGCUGAUGCGGGACGUACCCAGGUCGCAUCAGGCUCAAGGACAGUUCUUGCAGUUGGACCAGGAAGCAAGUCAGCGGUAGAUUCAGUGACCGGGAAGCUGCGCCUCCUUUGAUGAUAUUGAUAGCUUCUAUUGAACCCGUUUCAGAUUUGAGCGUUCAGAUUUGAGCGUGCUGAUUUGCAAUAACUUUCGAAUCAUGUUUCUCACAGUAGAGAUGCCAUAGUUCAUGACAUGAGGAAUUGAUAGAUGUACCAAUCAAGAUAGCUCACUUAGUUCUGUUUUAUUUUUAUGGAAUGCAGUGCAUAAACUUGUUCUUGCCUUUCAGUUUUCAAUUUGUAUGUAUAUGUCACUGCUGCAUAUUUUUGUCUGCAUUUGGUUGUGAAAGACGGUUCAUGCAACUUGUAAAGUACCAUUAAUCAUUUAAGAUGUGUAUGGUCAUGAAGGAAAACAUUUUCUAUUUUCCAGAAAGUGUUUUCUAGUUUUCUCA